CCCACACGGCCCCGCUGGCUCCAUGGCAACGGCCUUCGCGGGGCCCGGAAGUGCCGCGCGCCGCUUUCCGUCUGGUGUCCAGGCACUUCCGCUGGCGCCUCUCUUAGUCUCCAAGUUUCCGCUGCGCGCCGAUUGGCUCUCGAAGCUUGGUGGGCGGGAUCGAGCAGAAUCCCAGAGCCAGACCCAGGAGCCGUCUGCUUACCCUGGAAUCGUGGAGUCCACAGAAGAAUACAAAUUUGUGGAGCGCCUUAUCCCUCCUGCCAGCAUCCCAGAGCCCCCCAGACACCAGAGUUACCCCACCCCGAGUGGCUGGCAGCCUCCAAAAGACCCCCCACCAAACCUCCCCUACUUCAUCCGUCGCUCCCGGAUGCACAAUGUACCUGUCUACACCGAGCUCACACAUGGCAACCGGCAAAUGACUCUGAUCCGAAAGGUGGAAGGGGACAUUUGGGCCCUGCAGAAAGAUGUGGAAGAAUUCCUGACUCUGCUGAUGGGGAAGACACCUGUGACACAGGUCAAUGAGGUGACUGGGACCCUGCGUAUCAAGGGUUACUUUGAUCAACAGCUCAAGGCCUGGCUGCUGGAGAAGGGCUUCUGAGGGUCAUAGGGCAAACCAGGUCCCGUAGGCUUGCCCCCAUCCGCAUCUGGGUGCUGAGACAGACUUGUCCGGAAGUCCUGGCGGCCCCCCACUGCUCCCCAUUUGUGGCUGGAAUGUCUCCAAGGGGACUCAGAACAGAAGGGGUUUGUCAAGAUGACCCUAAUAACUAACUCCCCACCCCCGUAGUGCGGAAUCUUUCAGGGAAAUUUCCCUGCGAUGAAAAAUAUUGUGUAGCCAGUGUUAAGAGGUGGCAGAGGCCCUAGUGAAGGGGGUGGCUGCCUCCACAAGUGAGAAACCGGAUCCAGACCCAGCCGCGUCAGGAAGACAAGCAGGGCUUGAGGCAAAGAAGACAAAACAUCCAUGAAUGCCCAGGGGGAGGGGUACCAUGGUACAACCUGGCACCAACUUUAAUGCAAGUUUUUAUUUUGGCCGUAUAUACAAUUGAAGCUAUUAAAAUUUGUACAAUAUUUACAAAUUAAAUAAUCUGAAA